CAUUUGCCUUCAGUGAUAGCUUUAGGAUAUGUGUAUAUAAUAAUGUUUGCAAAAAUAUUUUUGCUCGUAUUUAUCUGUGCAUUAGGAAAAACAGUCGAAUCUCUACGAUGCUACGCAUGUGGAUUUUCUUCAGUAGAUACCAACAGGGCUUGUCUCACUAUAACUAAUUCCACGAACAGAGUAGAAUGCACUAUGCAAUAUUGCACAAUUAUGCGGCAAGAACUUCGUGAUCCUGCAGGUCAAAUAGCCAGUUUUAUACGAGGAUGCGAAGAUUCGCCGGACUUUUUAAAUCAUGAAGUGUCAGAUCCAAAUUUUCGAACUUAUUAUCGAGCCUGUACUACCGACCUCUGUAACAUCGGUGAUGGAAUACAGCCUGUAGGUGGUGGAAAUUUGUCUCCUUAUCCGCUAUACAACGGUACGAAUUUACUCGUACCCGGUACAUGAGAUACUUAUAUUUAAAUAUUUUAUUACAAUUAAUUAUUAUAGUUUAACUAUUAUGUUUUCGAAACUUUACCUAUCAAGUUAUAAUACGGAUUUCAUCUUUUAAAUAUUAUUAACAAUUUUAUUUUACUUAAUCAAUCAUGUGAACUUUAAGUAAUGUAAAAAUUAUUAAAUAUUAAUUGUUUAAAAAUAUAUAGUAUAACUUAAAGAUUAAACACAUUCUUGUGUAUAAUUA